UUCCAUCACUCGCAGGACAGCAGUGAGCUCUCUCACUGUCUCAUCUUCCGGCAUUUUCUGCGACUCAUCCUUUGCUGUAUCAGGCCGGCAGGCAGAUUAGGCCAGGACGAGUCGAGGGGACGCUGCAGAAGCUCUGCGCUUUCGCUCUGCCAAGACCCCUUCUCUGCUGCCUCCACAGCCGCUUCCAUCAUGUGUGACUGUUUCCAUCUGGCCUUCCCCAACUGGCAUGACACCUCCUCAGGGACGGGAGCAGGGCGAAGGCUCCGAGGACCAGAUCCGGGUGGCCCGGACGACUCAGUAUGCGAGGAACCAUCUCAGUACACGGAGGGAGAAAGGCCGCGCCCUCAAGGGUCAUCGCCAGUGGACGAGUAUCCUGAAACAGAGAGGUUUUCUGACAGUGAUAAGGAGUUUGAAACAGACCGGCACAGUAAAAAGAAAGAAAAGAAAAAUCGAAAGUCUGGAUUUGGCCACAUGUUUGAAAAAAGCUCAACACCUAAAAUGAGCAAGCUUAAGGAAGCUCAGAGCCCUGAUUCUGGAGUGAUAGUGAAAACAGCGAAAGAUGGAUCUGCAGAAGGUCUUGUAUAUGGAGGAGGAGGCAAAGAAGGAAUCUUCAUUAAAGAGGUCGUCCCUGAAUCGCCUGCCUCGAAAAGUCUGAAAUUAAGAGAGGGUGAUCAAAUCUUGAGUGCCACAGUGUAUUUUGACAAUGUACCCUAUGAGGAUGCAGUUCAGAUCCUAGAGCAUGCUCAAGCUUACAACGUGAAACUGUGUUUGAAACGCAAGCCUGAGAUCACUGGAGUCGAGUCCGACGUCAUCCCUGAGGAUGGAUCUUACAAUUUAGAAAUGAGGGACAGAGAAAAGUCCAGGAGACGUGGUGAUGCUCGCAUUUCAUGGCCUAAAUUUCCUACCCUUGGAAAAGGACGGAAGUCACAUUUUAAAAGGUCUCAUAGUUCCUCAGAGGCGGAUGAACAGAGAAAGUUGGAGUUAAGUCCUACCACAAGUGACACUGAAUCCCCGGUAAAAUCCCAAGAUGUCCUCAAAGGGAAGAAGCGGAACAAGAUGAAGCUUUCCUCUUUGACAAAAACAAGUCGGGUAACUUCUUCUGAUGGACAGGACACUGAUGCUCCAAUAACUGGGUAUGAGAUUGAAACACGGGAAAUGAAAAUGUCCCUUGAGAGUCCUUCCAAGGAAGUCGAAGGUGGAGAAGUAGACCCUGAGGACUCAAGACAAGUCAUACCUCAAUCCCCCGAUAAGGUGGAACUCAUUUCCAUAGAUACCACCUUGAAAUCAGCUGAUUUACCGAGUCCAACGAAGUCUCCAGAUGGUAAAAAGAAAAAGAAGGAAAAGUCUGAGAUGAAGAUAAGAAUUCUGGGAAAAGACAAGUCCUCAAAAAAAGAUGCCAAAGCUAAAGCCUCCCCAAAAAGGCUAAAGACUCUUGGAGCUAGUCUUGACAUUUCAGAGAGAACAAAAACUGAGGAAUCGGAUGGAACCAAAUCUGUCGAUGCUGCAGUGGUUGAAAAGGACUCUGGGAAGGACCAAACAGAUUUAUCUGAUAUUGCCCUUUUUGAAGAAUCUCCACAGAAAAGCAAAGAGAAAACAAAGAAAAAAAGAAUUAAAGACAAGACAAGUCCAAAAUUUAAACUACCCAAAAUAGGAUUUGUUGACUAUACAGUCGAGCAAUCGCAAAAAACAAUGCUAGCAGAUGAUCAGGGAUGUGUCACGACACAGCCAGGUGAGAGUAAGGACGACCUUUAUGGCAGCCUAUCAAAAGAUGGUUUCUCCAGAACUCAACUUCCUAAGCGAGAAGAUAUUGAGAUUCCAGGAAUGGAAGAUGCAUCUCGUAAAAGAAUAAACGGAAAUGGGGAAACUUUACAACUAUCAAUUGAUGUUAACAGUGUAAAAGAAGCAGUUUCAAAACUGCCAGGAUACAAACUACCCCAAGUGGACCCAGAUGGCGUGCUCAUCCCAGCGGAAAUAAUCGUCAUAGAUGCAAACGCACAGAGAAUAUCUGUGAAAAGUCCGACAAAGGUCACAGACAGCAGUGCAAAGAAAGGAUCAAAACCUGACACCUUAUCUUGUGAUGUAACUUCACAUGGAGUGGAAAUUCCCACAGAUGGGAUUGAAUACAUUGAUUCAGCCGGUUCCCCGGACAAGGAAGAACGGAGAACAGCUUUGGUGACAGACAUUAAAGUUCAAGCAGACUGUGGGAAUGCAGGUGUGGAAAGGACAAUUACCCUACCCAAAGACGGAGAUGACAAAGCAGAAGCAGAGGCUGUGCAAAAGGUUGCCAUCAAAACACCGGACAAACAAGUAAUGGGAGGCUUUUUCAAAAUGCCCACUUUCAGCAUUUCAAUGCCCAAAUUCACAGGCUCUGUAGUUGACUCAAGCAAAACAAGCGCAGUUUUACCAGAAGCUCAAGUUGAAGUCAAAACAAAUGAAAAUAAUUUAAUUGCUGAACAAAAACUGGAAAUUCAGACGCCCACAAUAGAAAUAAAAAACAAAAACAAUGAAUUUGAAGAACAAAAUGGGCAGUUUGAAAAGUCAGUCUUGGACAUGACAAUUCCAAAAUCUGAAGUCAGUGGAGAAGCAGAGAUGGAAGUGCCCAAAACUGAAAAUCAAGAUCAGUCUGCUGAAAUGAAACUAAAAUCCCCUGAUAUAAAAAUUGAGGCAAAAAGUGCAACAGAUUCACCAUCAAAAUUUUGGAUGCCAAAAUUUAAACUGCCGAGGUUUGACAUUGGCUUUAGAGAGGUGGAUACAGGUGUAGCCAUUAAUGGGUCUGACAUUAACACAGAAGCAAAGGCUGGUGUUGAUAGCGCUCCAACUGUUGAGCUUGAAGGUGUCUCGCUGGAUGAAAAAAUAAAGGCUGAGGACGAUGGACAAGAAAGCAAGGCUAAGAUGCCAGAUCUUAGUUUAUCUAUGCAACUAACCAAAGAUGUCGAGGUAAAGGUGCCAGAGGACCAAACAGUUGAAUUGAAAGUUGAACUUCCUACCCCUGCUAUUGAUGGUAAAGAUUCAGAAGUGAAACUAGAUGGGCAUGGAGCCAAAUUUAAAAUGCCCAAGUUUAAAAUCCCCAAAUUUGGAGUUGGCCUAGCAACAGUCUCUGCAGAGGCACCUAAUGUGGAUACAGAUGUUAAAGUUAUUUGCUCUGACUUUCCAGUGACAGAGAAGGACUUAAACAUUGCCUCUACUAGUAUUGGCAUUGAUGACUCUGUCACAGAGAUUGGUGGCGAAGUCAAUAUUCCAAACAUUGAAGCAGGAGUCAAACUUCCAGAUGUCCAUCAAACAGCAGCAGAUUCCAAACCAGCAGAUGGCCAAGCAGAUGGUCGAGGAGGAAAGUUCAAAAUGCCGAAGUUUGGAAUUAGAUUGCCAAAGGUUGAAGUGGCAGAAAAGGAACUGACCCUAUCACAAAAAGAUUCCAAUGUUACAUUAGCAACAUCUGAAGCAAAGAUUAAGGGACCUGAUUUUGAACCUAAAGACCUGACAGUUGACGUGAACAUCAAAUCACCCGAGGUAACAAUUGGAACCAAAAAUGUGGAUGAUUCCUCAAAAUUCAAAAUGCCUAAAUUCAAGCUUCCAAAGGUUGGAGGGGGUUCAGCAACUGCCUCUAUUGAAGUUUCGGAUGUCGACACAGAUGCCCAAAUCAAAGGUGCCGACAUUAAUAUUCCCGAAGAUGAGGCCGUUAUUGACUUAGUGACCCCAAAAGUUGAAGUCGAUGCUCCAUCAGUGGAGGUAAAAACUACAGGAAGUGUAGAGGGAGGUAAAGGAAGCAAGUUUCGAAUGCCCCAUCUUGGUAUAUCAGUGCCAAAAGUGAAAGCUCCAAAGAUUGAUUUGAAGGUGUCCGACUGCAAAGCUGCCACGGAAAUCCCAGAAACAGGUGAUACACUGGGACAUGGAGGGAUUUUGGUUCCAGAACAGGACAUUGAGGUCAAACUUUCAGAGCCUCAUCAGACUGAUGCAGAUGACAAGCAAUCAGACAAAGAAGUAGAUGGGCAUGGAGGCAAGUUGAAAUUGCCAAAGUUUGGAAUUAAAAUGCCAAAAGUGAAAGCACCAGCAAUUGCUUUGACUCUGCCUUCAAAAGAAACAGUGGAGACGUCAACAGAAGCUGGAUUGGAAGUCCCUGAGGCAGCCCUGGAGGAAACCUCGCUGAAUGUGGAAAUCAAAUCUCCAGAGAUAGUAGCUGCUGCCAAAAGUUCUGAUGAAUCCACUCCCAAAUAUAAGACGAAAAAAUUUAAACUACCCAAGUUUGGAGCAAAAGCUUCCACAGGAAAGACCAAUGUUGGCAUCCAACCCAUUGAAUCUGAAAUGGAAGUUGAUGUUAAUUUGACAGAGAAAGAGCGAAAUGUUGUCCCACCAGAGGUGAGUGUCAAAAUUCCACAUUCGUCCAAGUUUGAGGCAGACUUUGGAAAGAUAGAUGUUUCAAUUCCUGCAGCAUCAGGCCAAAAGACUGACGGUGAAUCAAAAGGAGGAUUGAAAAUGCCAGUUUUAGGAAUCAAAAUGCCCAAAUUAAAAGGAGCUGAGGUUGACCUAUCAAAGAAGACAGAGGUGUCAGCGCGAGGCACCAAAGCUUCUGUCGAACUAACUGACAUUAAACCUAUUGAACCAAUCCCAACAGUGGGGCUCAAAGUUGAUGUUCAGGAGGGCGUUAAAACAACAAUUAAAGAUUUAGAAGAGCCUAAAAUGGAGAUUGAUCUAGAACGCAAAACGAUGCAAACAGAAAAAGAACUGGGAACCAAAGAUGUUCAUGGUGCUGUGGAAAUCGAAGGAAGCAGAUUUAAAAUGCCGAAAUUUGGAUUAUCCAAGCCAAAAUUCAAAGUACCUGAAAUUGAUUUAAACCUGAAGAAGACAGAUGUUGAAGUAGAGAACAAACUUAAAGAUGUUGACACCACAUUGACAGCAGAGAUCACAUGCCCAGAGAUGAAGACAGAGGUGACCCUCCCUGAUCCUGAGGUCAAAGUGCCUGAAGCUGAAGUUGAAAUCAAGGCAUUAGAGAAUGACAAUACACCUGAAAAUUUGAAUCAGUCUCCAUCAAAGUUUAAGCUACCAUCGUUUAAAUUCCCAAAAUUUGGUGGAUCUCCAAAAGUCAAAGUAGAUGUCCAGGUACCGGAGCUAGAAACAGAGUUCCAAAAGGAGGCUCCAAAUCUCACAGGGGGAAAACAGGAGGACGUGGACUUAGAAUUCCAAAUGCCCAAAGCUGACCUGGAAGCAUCGAAGCCAGAAAUAGAUUUAAGCCAAUUAAAGUGUGAUGUACCAGAAGUAUCACUAGAAGUCAAAGGUCCAGAGGGAGGACAAGAAUUGCCAUCACCUGAUGUAGAAAUGAAAGCGCCUGAGCUGAAUAUAGGAGUUCAAACUGCAGAGAGUUCACCAUCAAAGUUUUGGUUACCUUCUUUCAAAUUACCCAAAUUCGGAUUUGGUGUUGUAAGUAGUACAACCGUCCCCGAUAAGGAUCAUGAUGUAAUCAUUGACAGCCAAGAUGAAGUUGUCGAAAUAGUCCUGGAAAAGGGCCAGCCGUCUAUAGACAUAAAAACAAAAGAAGAGAAAGAGCACAUGGAUGUGACACUGCCAUCAGUCCAAACUAACACUGAAUCCCUGUGUGUUGACCUAAGAGGAGAUGAAAACGUUUCCACUGAAAUCAACGUACCCACUGAGGAUACCAAAGGAUACCAAUCUAAAUUUAAGAUGCCAACAUUCAAAGUACCAAAAUUAGGAAUCGGCACUCCAAGUGCAACCAUUGAAGUGCCUGAUGUGAAGAAGAGUCUUAAAGUUGAUGGCCAUGAAGUGGUUAGUAUUGCAGCACCAGCAUUAGACAUGGAGACUCCCAGACUUGAGCUUGAAGGAAAAAAUACAGAACUUGUAAAGUUGGGUUUAUCAGUACCUGAAGUUAAGGGCCCUUCCCUAGAUAUAAGCGCACCAAAACAGGAUGUGAGUGUAGCAAUACCCUCUGUUGAAGCUGAUGUUCAACUCCCAGAUGUUGAAACAAAAGACGUCUCUGCCACAGUGGAAUUAAAGUCACCUGAAAUGAAAGCUGUGGCUAAAACGGCGAAAGGCUCUCCAUCAAAGUUUAAAAUGCCGUCGUUCAAAUUGCCGAGAAUAGGAAUCGGAAGUCACCAGGUGACUUUAGACGCAUCAGGGCCAUCAGUUGAUGGUAAUGUCGACGUUGAGGUGGCGUGCAAACCCAACAUUGAAAGUGCAAGACCUGAGCAAGAGAGCAAAGAAAUCAAAGUUGAGCUACCUCAAGUUGAAGUGAAAUCACCUGACGUAAGAACAUCAAGCAAAGAUUUGGACGUCGCCUUACCAGAGGUUACAGCUGAGGUUGAGUUACCAGAUGUCAAGCUGGAAUCUCCAGCCAAAGUGGAAUUGAAAUCUUCUGAACUGAAAGCUGAAUUGAAAGGAUCACCCUCAAAAUUUAAGAUGCCGGCGUUCAAAAUACCUAAAUUUGGAGUGGGUUUUUCAAGCGGAAGCACGGAAACCCCUGAUGUUGACAAGGUUAAAAUUGAUGACAAGGAUGAGGUUUUGCAAGUGAGCAUUGACAUCCCGCAAAGUGACAUCAGCUUGGAAACAAAGCAGCAGAAAGGAAUUGAGAUCAAUCUCCCGAAAUUGAGGACCUCAGUACCAGAAGUCAAAGAUGCAGGCAUUGAUUUAAAUGCCUCAAACAAAGAGGUGGACAUCAAUUUACCAGCUGUUGGAAUUGAUGUUCAAUUGCCAGAUAUUGAACUAAAAGAAACCCAAAAAGUAGAAGUGAAAUCUCCCGAAAAGAAAGCAAUGACUGUUGAUGCUAAGGGAUCGCCGUCUAAAUUUAAGAUGCCAUCAUUCAAAUUACCUAAAUUUGGAGUUAGCAUUCCAAGUGCAACAACACAACCCCCUGAUGUCGACAGUAGACUUAUUAUUGAUGAAAAUAAAGAGGUUGGAGGCCUGAGCAUUGUACUCCCAGACAUUAGCACGAUCCCAUCCAUGGAAGUUCAAAUGACUGGUCCAGAAGAGCACGGGAAAGAAAUAAAAACUGUGCCCGUAGAUGUUCAACUCCCAGAAACUGAAGUGAUGGACUCCUCCGCCACAGUUGAAUUUAAACCCCCUGAAAUUAAAGGAGCUAUUAAGGAGACCAAAGGAUCAGCUUCGAAAUUCAAAAUGCCAAGCUUCAAACUGCCAAAAAUUGGGAUUGGCACUCCAAAUGCAACAGUGGAAGAGCCAGAGGUAGACAAAAGCAUCCAAGGAAACGACGAGAUCAGCGCCCAGAUUAGCUUUGAAACUCCUGAGAUUGGCCAUGAGGGGAAAGAAGUUGACCUACAACUACCCACCAUGGGUAUCUCAGGACCUGAAGUCAAAGGAUCUCACCUUGACAUGGACCCAUCCCAAAAAAUACAAAUGGAGUCACUGGUGAAAGUUGACGUCAAAUCUCCUGAAGUCAAAGCAGUCUUAAAAGAAGAAAAAGGCUCACCGUCAAAAUUCAAGAUGCCAUCACUGAAAUUACCUAAAAUCGGACGAGGAAGUGCAACUGUUGCAGUCCCUGAGGUUGACCCCAGUCUGAAAACCGAAGACAAAGAAGAAGUCAUAAGCGUUAGCAUGGUUGCCCCACACAGUGUUGUCUGCUCAUCCGUUGGCAUUGAUCUUAGUGGGCCACAGCUUGAGGGGAAAGAGGUUAAGCUGGAACAACCAAAUGUCGAUGUAUCUGCAUCUCAUGUAGAUGUCACUCUGCCAAAAGUGAAAGCUGGUGUUGAUCAUGAAACAAAGGAAGCAAAAGUGGAGAUGGUAUCUACUGAAAUCAAAGCAGCAACUAAAGAUGCAAAAGCUUCACCAUCAAAAUUCAAAAUGCCAGCUUUUAAACUACCCAAAAUCGGAAUUGGGUCGUCAAGUGCAACUGCUGAAGUACCAGAGAUUGACAGUGGUCUUAAAACUGAGGGUGAGGCAGUAGAGGUUAGUAUGACAGCACCGUCGAUCACCAUUGAAAGUACCAAGACUGAGCAUGAAGGCAAAGGAGUUCAGAUUGCCCUUCCAGCCCAACUCAAAGGACCUGCGGUGGACAUCACACUACCAUCAAUAAAGUCGGACAUUCAGCUCCAAGACAGUGAGUUCAAGGAAUCAUCUGCAAAAGUUGAAUUUGAGACUCCAGGUGUAAAAGCUGCUGCCAAAGAUGCAAAGGGAUCACCAUCUAAAUUUAAGAUGCCAUCAUUAAAGUUACCAAAAUUUGGAUCUCAAAGCGCAGCAGUUGACGUGACUAAAGGAAAUGCAGAUGUUGUAGUAGAAACUACAGAUGAGGAACACGACAGGAAAGAGAUGGAAGUUCAACUGUCUGAUAUUGAUUCAUCUGCACCUAAAGUAGAUGGCGGAGAAGUGGAUAUAAGUUUGCUGCAUAAAAAUGUGGAUGUCUUUCUACCAAAACUCGAGGCAGAAUUUCACCACGAAAUUAAACCUCCCACUCUUGAUAUAUCCACAGAUAAAGCGCAGGAUUCAUCUAGUGAUGGCACACCAGCAACCAACCUUGAGGACAAAAUAAAAAAGUCAAAGUUUUCAUUCCCUAAAUUCUCAUUUUCAAAACAAACUUCUAAAGACUUUCAGGUUAAUGCCAGCCAACCCACCGUCGAUGUUUUGAUAGCAGAAGGAAAAGUGGAAGUCAUAGAGCCGCCUGCGGAAGUGAAACUAGUGGAAAGCAGUGCAGAAAUUGAAGGAAAAGAAGGCAAGUUUAAAAUGCCAAAGCUUGGAAUCUCACUGACAAAACCAAAGAGUACCGAAAGUGAUUUAGCUUUAUCUAAAACAGACGACAAUGCUACACUCCCAAAAGUUGAAAUUACGAGGCAGGAAGUAAAGGAGCAAGCGGAAGUAAAUGCACAGGCGAAUGGAAGUGAAAGAGAGGGAACAGGAAGCAAGUUCAAAAUACCAAGCUUUGGCUUCUCAGUACAAGGAGGUGACAACGAUGGUGGGUUAUCCACAAAGGAUAUUGAAGUCCAGUUGCCAGAGGUAGAGGCAAAGGUGCAACUUUCAGAGGAGGAAAUGGAACCAACAAAAAUGUCUGAAACUAAAGCCAUUGAAACAGCGACAGAGGUAAAAGAUGCUGGCGGGUCACCUUUCAAAUUUAAAUUGCCAUCUCUGAAGAUGUCCUUAUUUAGAAGUCAAGCCACCACAGAAACUUCAAUGACAGACAAAGAAAGUGAAACGAGACUUGAAGGAGCAAACCUGGAGGAGGACAUGUCCGUCACAGAAAGCCCUGUUGUUGAGCAUGAAGAGGACACUUCUAAACCUGAAAUAUCGGUUGCUGAGGAGACUAAAACUGAAGAUGCGCCUGCAAGUCCAGUCUCUCCCAGUAGAUUCCAACUACCCUUAUUUAAAAUUCCAACACUGGGCUUUUCAAGACCACAACCCGAAGAAGAAUAUAUGUCAGUCGAAAGCAAAAACGAUCAGCUUGAGAUCAAAGUAGAGUCAAAGUCACCCAAAUCACCAAAAUCAGCGUUGGCCUCAGUGGGUGACAUGAUGCAGAAUCUCACUAUUGAAUUUGAUGUGUCUAAAGAGGAAGUGGAACAUGUCGAAACUACAAAUGGAACGCUGGAAAAGCAGGUGGAGGCAAAGGUGAAGCCAAAAGAAGACGUUCAGGAGUCACCCAAAAGAUCUGAUUGGGGUGGAUGGUUCAAGUUCCCCACGUUCGGGCUGUCGUCUCCAUCAGAACAGCGGAAGAGGGAAAAUGUGGACGAAGAAGUAAGUCCCACCAGCUCUGUCCAGUCGUCAGAUGCUUUUGCUGAUGUCAGCUCCACAAUAACCAGUGAGCCAACAGGCCUCUCUCCGUCUUCACCUACCAAAGUCACCGUCAAGUACACAGAUCCCGAUGACAAGAUACACAGUAGCAUAACCGCUUCCACUAAGAGAACUCAGGUAAUAUCAGUGGAGCCAAUGAUGGCAGAGAAAAUAACCAAUCUUUCUUCUGGAGUUUCGUCGUCGUCUGAAGACACACUCAGACUUGAAUCCGGGAAGAUUCAUCUCCUGACGUCAAACAUCCAAGCCACCCCGGAGUCCCACCACACAAAGCUUGUAACGUACGUCCAUGACCAGUCAGAAGGAGGCCUUGCCAUUGAAACAGAAGCAGGUGGACCCAGAAGUCCUGAACACCCAUGGACUGGCAAGAUUGGCUUUGAAAAACAAGUGAUUCAGACACAGUCAAGUGAAAGUAGAGAAACCGUUGUCAUCACCAAACAGGUCACACGCGUACUCAACCCGGCUGCAGAACCGAUCACCCACGAAACAGCAACAUCCAUCCGGCAGCUUAAAGAAACAGUCCAUUCUGAGAAAAUGAGAUUUUUUGAUAAAGCCAAGAAAUAAAAGUUGGUUUUAACCACAAUAUAUCCUCAAGAUUGAUGCCGGAGAACAUGACAUCGACAUCUUUUUUAGGCACUGGUUAAUGCUAAAUGAUGACGUUACGCUGUGUCAAAAUGCUAGAUAGAUUCUAAACGUCUGCAAAUGUGUAACUCAGCAACAUCAACUAUAUUUGCUUGUGUGUACAGGAAGCCUUGUAUUUUGCUUAUCAAUGUACAAUAAUGUCAGAGUUGCUUGUUUUCUCAUAUAACACUACGGGCAAAUCUUGGUGAUAAAUCAUUCAUAGAAGAUCAUUUGCAUUUUAUGGCUCAACUAAUAUGUAUAUAAACAAUCCAGAUAACCAAAAGCCAUAAUGUAUAAAAUGCAUAUUUAAAAACAAAGGUGGAAUGAAACAGUCAAUAAAGCUGGUAUAAUGCUGGAAUAUUUUUAAAUAUAUUUUGCUUUAGAUCUGAUUUGCUACAAUAAUGUGUAUUUAUGCUACAUAUACAACUGCCUUACUGUAUAAAUGGCAACAUUACUUUUGCUGUGGAAAGAAUUUUUAUUGACCCUUUAUUCUGUACUGCAGUGUUUGUAUUAUACGUCAAUUUUAACUUGACUUGUUUGCAAUUAUGAACAAUAAACAC